AUGAAGUUGAUAGCAACUAGUGAUAAUCCAUCCAAUGCUAAAUGCUACAAUUAUGAAUUCAUCACAGCCGAAGCCCAAUGCGAACUGAUGGAAGAAUUCUUCCCGAAUCUUCAGCAAUACUGUACGAUAGACCGAUUACAAUACUGGGUUGGUCAAUCAAAUAUCUGGGGACCACGCAAAAGAAAGACAACGAAUGGCCAAACGAAAUACGGUCGACAUUUGUGGAUUGUGUGCAAGGAGAUGAAGGAACUCUUGGUUGAAUCGACAGAUUCAAUUUCAGCGUAUUGGGACCAUCUCAAGAACGAGGUUAGUUUUAUCACUAUUGGUUAUGCUAGAAAAUCUCUAACCAAAGAAAAUGUUGCAUCGGGAACGCGACAUCUGUAA